AUGGACUCGGACCCCUCCCCCGCCUACUCGAAUGCUGCACUUCGCCAUGUCGUUGACUUUGAGUCAUCCCCCUCCGAGAGCAGCAGUUCUAUCAAGUCUACUGAUUCGACUCCAUUGAACGCUUCCCUAUCUCAGACUAUAACCCAGGUUUAUACCAGCCAACCCAUUCCGCGAGGGUCAAUUGUACCGAACCCUCCCGACGGUCGCGUUCCCCUCCGUCACAACUUUGGGUCAUUCGGCGAGCGACGGGGAUACGGACUCUCCAUCUCGAUCCCCCCUACACAUGUCCUUGCCUUGUCCUCUUCCGAGUGGUUACCUCAGACCCUGGCAGUAAAGUUACCCCGAAGGAAGAAAAAGACGCGGAAAUCGCAGGGGAUUACGAUUGUGAUCGAACGAACGGAGUAG